AAAAAAUCAACCAAAUUAAAUGUCAAUUAGACAUUCAAAACUCGAAUAGAUUCUACGUUUUUGUAUUUGUUUUUUUGUGAUGUUGGCAUAAACAGAUUGAUGUCUUCAAUAAUCAAAUACUAAGUUUUAACAUCCUGAGUUACAAUCUCAUGACUCGAUCAACGCACAUGUGGACGAGAUAAACUUGAUUUGCUCUUAACUACCUAACUAACAUAACUACCACAAGGUCUGUAAUUGAAUAUAUCACAGAGAUAGACAUAGUACAUGGUCCUUAUAAUUGCUUAGAACAAGUCUCCCUCCACCCCCUUUUCCCUCCAAUUAUUGGGUGGUUCGGACCAUCACCUUAAUUUUGAUUAUGAAUAAGUCAUUUUAAACACGUCAUAUCUCAUAUUUCAUUUUAUUAUUAUUAUUAUUAAUCAUGAAUGAUUAACAUUAGACGUGAUGGUCCUGAGUCUCUGAAUAAUUUUUUCUCACUACACACACUCAACAACUUCCAAAUGGGUAGAAACUAUUAUGAUUGUCUAAAAAUAGAGUUGUCACGUGUUGACUGCCCCUCUACUUUCUUGCGAAGCAAACAAGAAUUACUUUUAUUGCUUAAGAUUGAUUUCAUUCAUCAAUAGGUGUGAUUUAGUUUCAAGUACUCAAAGAGAAAUGGAUGAGGUUUUUGGGGAGAUUAUGGGUUGUGGGUUUGGUUCUGAUUCGAUAAUGCUGAGACUUCUAAGAUGUUCCAUGGACAAAGCUCACGAAAAUGUCCAAUCCACAGAUGGGGCUAUUGAACUUCUGAAUGCCAGAUCAAAAUUCUAUGAACUGGCAAUGGUCCUAGUAGAGGGCUGUUCAAAGCUAAUUGAAGAAAAGGCAGAGGUCCCCGAGAGCAACCGCGAGAAGAUGCUCUUGGACUUGACAGAAAGCGGAGACAUGGUCAGGGGACGCCUGAUGGAGUUGAAGCUCGGUAUGAUUGAGAAAGAUAGAGAGCUAAUGGAGAGAUUGGAAAAUGAGUGCAGGCUCAGGCAAGCACUGGAAUUGAGAGAAAUGGAAUUGGUUUCUUUACGUGCCAAGCUUGAACUGGAAAGAACAAAAACAGAGGAAACAGAGAAUUUCUUAAGUGGGGAUGAAGGAAAAGAAGGAGAUUUCUGUUAUUUGAAGAAUUCUGUGGAUCGACAGGUUUCAAACAUAAAACAAAAGCUUGAGGACGAGCGUAUAAGUCUAUCGAGUGCAAGCGAUUUUUAUGGUUAUGAUGGUUUUGAAGCGAUACAAUUGAAUCAUUUCUUGAGGCCAGAACAAAACAUAAUAAUCGAGCAGAUGAGCUCUGAUAUAGACGGAUUGCAAGGGACGUUGGAUCUUGCUUUUGGGAGGAUGCAGAGUGUGGAAAUGCGGCCCUUGGAGAAGCAAUGGAGGUGGGGAAUUGAGGAUGACAUAAUGGUAAUCUUGAUCAAGGGAUUCAUGAACAAUCUCCACUACAAUUUUGAAACAGAGUUGAAAAACAGAGCCAAACAAGCCCAUGCGAGCUUCUUGAUGACUGAGCAUUGGGAGGAGUUGGUUGAUGAGAUCACCAACUUGCACCAUGAGCUUGAGGCUCUUUGUUUCUCAAAUGAAGGUCAGCGUAAAAGGGUCAAAGACUCAAACAAUUGCUCGGAAACUUCAAUUGGUAUUCGUCGAACAAGCAGUGAGCCUUUACCAGAAUUUUAUUAUGUGGAAGAGCCGCAUGAGGAGGAACAAGACCGCGAUCAAAGUCACUAUGUUGCAAAGAUGAUAAAGAAUCACGAGACAAUUAUAAGAAAACAACGCGAAGAGUUGAAUUGGUUGAAGAGGGAGAUUCUUCAAGAAAAGGUGAGUUUGUCUAUAAGGAGACUCAAGGAUCCCAACAACCUUGCAACAAGGAUCCAAGAAGUUAUCACGAGAUUGGGAAAUGUUAUAAAGUGGGAUGCUAAAUUUGGGGACUACAAAGGUGUUUAUGAGCAAGAAAAUCUUCUAGAUGAAGAGAAAAUUAUGGGUUUUCAUAGUUUGGCAUAUUUUGGGGAGAAAGAAAGGCGAACAUAUUUGAACGAAGAAAUAAGGAAGCUAAAACAAGAAAAAGAUGAUUCAAAUUUGCAAACCAUUUUAAUGGAAGAGACUUAUGUUAUUAUUUUCAGAGGUUUGAUAAAAGAUUUCUACCUAGAGUUAGAUAAUUAUGAAAUUGACAGUGAAAUUAGGAGUGAUAUAUGUAUGCAUUUCUUCGGAGAAAUGGUCAGUGAGUGGAACCUCAACUUUGAAACAAAAGAUUUUGGAAUCCGGGUUGGGGAAAAAGUAUACUAUACAGUAUGCAGCAGCACCGCAAAGGAAUUUUUCUGCGAUCAAAAUGCUCAGGUUGAAAGUCACGUGGAAGAGCCGACUUCAUCUAGAAGUCUAUCAAAUUACUUGAAGAGCAAAGUAAGCGAAGAUGUGUUUGGAGAAUUUUUCCAAGAAAUGGCUGAGGAAUUUAAAGGGGAAACGAAUUGUCAUGCCACUGGGGACCAUAUCAAGGAAGAGAGAUACCAUGUUAUUGUAGAUGAGACGGUGAAAAAUUUUGAACGCACAAGUGCUUAUUGGUGCAUUGAGAGGAUAUUGACGGAAGACAUAUAUAUGGUGUUCUUCAGAGAAACAAUCAAGGAAUGGAAGAUGGAAAGGGAUGAUUACAACUCGGAGAAUCUCAUUAGAGAAGAGAUAUAUAAUUUUGUCAUUGUUGAGGCGGUGAAAGAUGCGUAUAUCUUUCUAAGAGAAUCUGAAGUCCCAAAUCAUGAGUCUGCUAAAAGCUCAGAGGGAGGGGGAGAGGAAAACUUAGUUCGAAAAAUAGAUUUUUUGUUGAAGUGUUUUGAAGUGGAGGAAGAUUUGAUGCUAAAAGCGAGUUGUGAGAUAAAAGAGCACAAUGCAAACAAUGGGCUCGUGGCCUCGGAAUGUGAAGAGGUGGAUGAGAGAUACGCUAUUGAAUGGUUGUUAACUGAGGAGGAAAGCACAUUUAGUUCUGUGAGUGACAAACUGGACACCGCAUUGCAGCAAAUGCUUGUCAGUAAGGUGAUAUUGAGGGAGUUGCAAGACAGUUUAGGCUUAGCGAUUGGCAAUAUAGGAAAAGAUCAUGACAAAGAGUACCCUUUUUUCCAACUGAACGACAAUCAAAUCUUGCAGUUAAACCUAUCUGAUUCAAUGUUCUCACCUCUCAUACGAUUUCAGCAAAUGCUUUUGGAUUUUGAGUGCUUGGUACGCCAAAAAUUAGAUAUGAAUUUUCUAAGGUUGGAAAAAUUGGCUCGUCAAUUAUAUCUACUCAUUCAACUUGUGGCCACGUUAAGAAAAAGAGAGUUGCUUUACAAAAAGGCUUUCUUGAGGAGGUGUCAUAAUCUCAUAUUAGCUGAAACUGAGGUUGAUUUGCUGGGUGAUCAAGUUGCUGUACUUCUAGGCCUACUUGAGAAGAUAUAUUUGGUAUUGGAUCAAUAUUCACCCGUUUUGUCGCUCUACUUCCCGGUGUCAGAUAUAUUGAAGUUGAUUGAGAAAGAGUUGAGUGGUGUUGAUUCUCAUACAACCAGAUAGCUAUAUGAAAUAUGCAUAUGAUCUAUUGUGUCUCUUGUAAAGAAAUUUGAGAGUAGAGAUUGCUCAAGGGUCCAUGUGAUAUGAUAUUGGAUCUGCUAAGCUCUAUGGAAGCAUCAACAAUGAAGUCACAAAAAAUGGAAGCUUGGCAUGGUUACUAAUUUGGUGUGACAUAUAUAUAUAUAUAUAUAUAAAAUGUGCACAUAAAAUGUUCC